UCAGCGUGCGGGGGUUAGAGAUCUCUGCGAUAGCUAGGCGUCUCCGACAUCACAUGCGGCACUCUUCCUCUUGGCAUACAAAUGCCGGCGAUGCUGUUUGUCCUCAUAAGGGAUAGUCCGGCGAAGUCAGGGACACCGUCGACGCAUCAACAUGGAGUUUCUCUAUGAACACCAGGGUGGCGGGAUCAUCGGACCUGUCGCUGUAUAAGAAGGAAUGCGCAGUGGGCGGUAGCUUUACCGCGGACUGGGACAUGGCUGCGAGCACUCGUCAAGUGCGCAAGGCGCGUAGGUCAUCCAAGAAGGACCUCGACUUUACCGGGUCGUUGACACGGGAGCUCGACUUCAAGCGUAGCAAAGUAUCACCUUGUAAUCCUCGACGUGGAUGCGCUCCUCUAUGUCCCAAUGGAUCGUUGGCGACUGGUCAGGGCACGAGAUUCGUAUUCGAGGCAACAGAGCAUCUGCACCAGCAUGUCGCUCAGCUGAAGCGACGAAUACAAUCGCUCGAACAGGCGUUGAUGUCUCUACAGCAAGAGCGGUCGUCCGACCCUCACCCUCUCCUCGCCGAAGCCACCGACCUCGACUGCGGAGAUGCAGAAGCCGGAGAUCCAUCACCAGACCUCGCCGAUAUGGAGGACGUGCACGAUGAAGAGGCAUUACCUAUGGACCUCGUCGGUACGCUCGUCGUCGCAGACGAGGGUGUCACUCGGUUUUACGGACCAACAGGCGGCUCAGAGAGCUUGUUGAUGCUGCGCGCGCCAUCCGUAGGCGGGGAGACACUUUUCGCGCCCUCAGUAUCGCCCUUGUCGUUCCCCUCGCCUAUCGACUCCACAUCGCUCCCGUCAUCACCUGCCACAUCCAUCAUCUCCGCCUCGACGCUCAACGAAUGGUCGACAUCUUGUCUUGCUGGCUUCCCUCUCCCUUCAUUGGGCGCAGCCUUCGGCGAUCCUCUGUCGCAACUACCUCCCGCCGAUGAAGCUAUGGCGCUGGUGGAUCUGUACUUCAGCACCGCUGGGUGGCUUCUAGGUGCAAUCACCCGGGAGCAGAUCGAAGACGACAUGCUUCCCGCCGUCUAUGGCUUCCAGGCCAGCUGUUCAUUCGACGAUGGGACGUCCUCGGACGACAUCGAUUACCGAAGCCCUCACGCAAUUGCUCUUCUCUUCGCCAUUUUCGCUGUUGCCUCGACGGUCAAGAAUGCGAGUGCUUCUGGGCCGGCGCCUUCACCCAGCGGGGUGCGCACAUACGCGGAGAUGAACGGCGCGCGCCGCUAUCAUGAGCUAGCGCACGCAUGUCUGUCUCUACGACCGGUUUUGCAGACACCGAGCGUCUUCACCAUACAGGCGCUCUACCUCCUGAGCGUGUAUGACGGGAUCGCGGGUGGAUGCGAGGACCUCUUCAAGAAUAGCCCCGAGGGGUCCUCAGGAGUAGAGUUGGGCCGAAAUCUUUUGUCUCUGGCGGUGCACCUCAGCCUCACGGUGAAUCGCAACGCUCGGCGAUGGGCUAUUCCUGCGAAGGAUGUCCGCAGGCGCGAGAUCUUAUUUUGGUAUCUCUUCACGGCAGACGUUUGGCAGAGUCUUCAUACUGGUCGUCCCCCGCUCUUCUCGCUUCCAUACGUCGACUGCAACAUACCGGAGUACGCCGAUCCUGAACAAUACGCUUUUGAGCGCUGGCAGUUCCUAUUCGCUGCUGAGUGUGUCUCUGAAGUCGUGGCAGCGACUGUUUCAGCGGCGGUGCCCACGUUCGCCACUAUCAUGGCUCUUGAUCGCAAAGUCCGCGACUAUCCUUCACCUAAUUGCGAAGCAUGUAGGCCAUAUAUGCCCUUUCAUUUUAAGGAGACAGUCCUUCUUUAUCUCCACCGCUCAUUCUUCGCUCGCGCCACCGUCCAGCACCCUGACAAUCCACUUCGAUCGCCAUACUCGCACUCAUUUCUUACGGUAUGCCGUGCGUCAUCUACUAUCCUCAAGUCCGUCAAAGACCAAUACAUCGCGUCGUCGCCGUCAACCAUCGGUCACUGGUCGAUGUGGGCAGACGCAUUCGCGGCAGCGGUCGUACAUGCCACUGUCACGAUUCAUGCGCCCUUCUCGCCGAUUGUGGCGACAUCCAAGGAGGAGCUAGAGCAGGCGUGCGUCUUGUUCGCGAGAGCGGCACCUUCAAGCGCUCGGGCGUCACAGGCACUGCUAGUGCUCAAGAGCCUCGCUGCCAAAGCCGACGCGAUACAUUCGCAAGCGUACGGUCAUGAUAGGACGGGCGACAAGCCCGUCGAAGGCGACGCCGCUCAGGACGCCCAUCAAUUCGACGAACUCUCCAUAUUCGCUGGAUGCGCGCACUACCACUCAUUGCGAACACAGCCAAUUCGGUCUCCUGUGAUGUCGGACACAGCAGCCAUAUCAGCGAGCGGCGAAGGCGAAUCACCCGUCCCGAGGGACGUCGUUAUGUCAGGGGCCGGGCGCACUUACGGUCAGCUGGCGCUGAACGUGUCGGCGCUUUCGCCCUCCGAACACUCGUUCCCGCUCAGCCAACAGCCGCCGCUCUAUGCUGCGCCUGCCCCGCAGCCCGCACAACCUCCGAGUUGCCAUGCGCUGUGGACCCAGGAAGCUGGAGACCGCGCUUACUUCUCCAGGGCCGCGGGCAUGCCUAAUCCGCCCGUGAUCGCUUGGCCGGGGAUGGGCGCGGCGGCCGUGCCCUUCUCGUACCCACCGCCGGAAUAUACCUCAACUGACGAGGGACAAUAUGCCCCUACGCAGCCACCGUUCAUUGCCGCCGAGACGAUAUUGGACCUCACGCCUUUCGAUUACAGCUUUGCUGCGCCGCCGGCGUCCAUCGCUGCUUACUCGUCUCUCUCCCCAGGUGCCUCGAAUUCCAUGUACACGCAGCAGGAACAUCUUAUGCGCCACUCACACCUGCAGGACUUCUCUCUUAUCGUUUCUCCGCCUCUGAAGCUCGCAGCAGGAGAUGCGGCAGGCCGCAGUUCUCAGUGCCAAUGGGACGAUGUUCUCGUGUGAUACGGACAGUCGUUAUAGGCUCCUUUCGUUUUUUUUUUCUUUAAAUAUUCCUGGGACUGCGAAGGACCGCACAGACUAAAUGUACUUGUACAUGGGGCUGCAUAUGUACCACCUGCGCUCGAAGGGUUUACCGUGGGUUGUGUUCCAAAUUUUGAUGAUGGAAUACCAUGACAUCGUAGGGAAUGACAUUACAUCCUGCGAAGGGAUGAUCCCGCUGCGCUUUGUAAGUUACGUUGAGUGCCGAGUAAUGCUCUCGUCAGAGUCCCUGGCGUUGAGACAGUUAUUCCGGGUAUAUG